CUUCGAACUGUCACUAUGCGUAUCCCCAAAUGGCAAAUUUCCCUGCCAGUGAUAUAUGGCUUUGUUGCUGCCCAGAACACGCCCCUGGAACUGCAGAAUUUGUCACCUGUUCAAUACGUCAACACUGAGAACUUACGCAUCGCCUACUACGACUCGGGACCUAAGAAUACGACAACCGUCCUGCUAUUGCACGGCUUUCCGUACGACAUCAAUGUCUACUACGACGUUGUACAGAACCUCACAAGACACGGCUAUCGCACCGUUGUGCCGUACUUGCGCGGGUUCGGAGGUACGCGGUUCAACUCAGCUGUCACGCCACGCAGCGCAGAGCAGGCCGCCCUCGGGAAAGACGUGGUCGAUCUCAUGGAUGCCAUUGGUUUAGAUCGUGCUAUAAUCGCAGGAUAUGAUUGGGGCACUGUAGCAGCAAACGUAGCUGUAGCACUCUGGCCUGAACGCAGCGUGGGAAUGGUAGCGGCGAACAGCUAUCUGAUUCAGAAUCGGAGCACGGCUCUGCAGCCAUCAAUCCCAGCUUCUGAAGCACUAAGAUGGUAUUACUACGUGUUCUUGACCCCUCGGGGUUACGCCGGACUUGUUCAAUGGCCAAAAGAGUGGGCACGAACCCUGUGGUCGAGGAACUCCCCACAAUGGAACUUCACAGAGAGCGAUCUCGAUAGAGCGAUGGUCGCUUUCGACAAUGCCGAUUAUCCUGAAAUAGUGGUUAAUUUCUACCGGAGUCGGCUGCUCUACACACCAGGUGAUCCUGCCUACGCCAAUCUGGCUGACGCUCUGGAUGCCCAACCUAAGAUCAUGGUCCCAUCAGUGACGCUGGACCCGACAGACUCACCGGUAUUACCUCCAGCCAACGAGAGCGUGGCAGCAAAAUUCUUUGCCGCGCCGCGGAUCCAUCAUAUCCUGAGGGACACUGGCGAGAAUAUCCCGCAGCAGAAUCCGGAUGCAUUCACGAGGGCGAUUCUUGAAGUUGCAGAACUCGCACGAUCGUCUGGGAAUCUAUAGCCGACGGUAGAGCUUCGGUGUUCUUUGCUGCUUCCCAGUCAGAUUAUAGUGGUAGGGAUGUACUGCCACUUAGUACAGGUGUGUCGGCACCUUUGGGCACCGGCACCUGCCCUUCCACUGGGG